UCUCUUUUCUUUUCUUUGCAAAGAUCAAUGGAUCGAGGUAUCCCAGUGCAAAGCAGUAUGAAUAGGGGACGCGUCCACACGCGUGAUCACAUGCGGUUUUCCCCGCGCCCCGCUUCUUGAUAACCCCCGCAUCGACACGUCUUGCUGGAUACAAAACGCAGUUGUCCCUCCGAAGUCUCUUCCUACUGCUCCACACUUCUCGCUGUCCCCAAAUUGAAGAAGAUACGUACGAGAGACCAACAACAUGUCUUCUGAACCCGACAAAUCAAAAAUCACAACUACCCACAAGGCGGCGAAGGCUCAGGGGUUUCAUAGCUUCAGGGCUUUCUUGGAGUCAUAUGGGCUGCGGGUUUGGGAACCAGACGAUGUGGAGGAGGGAAAAGCGAUUUUGAAGGCCAUGGGAUAUAACAUCUCAUAAGAGAUUGGGAGUCCGAAAUACAGAAAGUGCUAGGUAAUAUGUUAG